UUCCGUUCCAAGAAACCCUUCUUCUUUUUUUUUUAUAAAGGAAAACUACAUAUGAGAGGAGAGCGGUGUGCACUUUGACAGCGCCAACCCAAGUUAACCAACCAAACGACUCGGCGGAGAGACAAAACCAUUUGGCCAAACGCAUGGCAGAAAAACCCGCCCCGAAUCCCGGAACCACCUCCUCUACCUCCACCUCCACCUCCACCUCCACCUCCAAUGGCGGAAAAACCAUAGACGAAUGCCAAGAUAUGAUUCGCAGAAGUCUACGGACUCCGAUGGUGAAGUUUCUAUUGGAGCAUUUAGAGAAAUCUGGAUGCGCCAUUGGAGAAAGGUUCAUCAAGGCCGUUCAUUGUAACAAACAGAUUGCUGGUGGCUACGUUCGCGGCGAAGGGAUUCAGGUUUGUAGUAAUCAUAUGAACAUACAAGACGAGGUUAACCAAGUUGUGAUACAUGAACUAAUUCACGCUUACGAUGAUUGUCGUGGGGCAAAUUUGGACUGGGCUAAUUGUGCUCAUCAUGCUUGUAGUGAGAUACGUGCUGGCCAUCUCAGUGGCGAUUGUCACUACAAACGGGAACUUCUGAGGGGUUCUGUAAAGAUACGAGGUCAUGAACAAGAGUGUGUAAGACGAAGGGUUAUGAAGUCAGUAAUUGCAAAUCCUUACUGCUCAGAAGCAGCUGCAAGGGAUGCCAUGGAAGCAGUCUGGGAUAUUUGUUACAAUGAUACCAAACCCUUUGACAGAGCUCCUUGAGCAUAAAGGCACCAAAUCAAUUGAAGAUAGACGUUUUCUGCUAUAUGGUACUGCAUUUUUGAUGAGAGAUUCUUUUCCUUGAUAACUUGUAUAAGUUAGAACGUUCAAAACUUUUGCUCCAUAUCUUCAGAACCCUUCCAUCAAGAAAUUUUGCCAUUCUUUUCAACCAUAAUACCAAUUGUAUGCUUGCGAGUAAUAUUAUUUUUUUAAGGUUAUCAUUAGAGAAUAAUAAUUCUCUAAUUGUUGAUAUUGCCAUAAUAAGGAUUAUUUCUCUUGUUGGUUAUGUGCUACCAGCUCCUUUCAGUUGAAUGAAUCUCCGGUUUAUACUCC